AUGCCUAAAUUCUUUCUUGGUAUCAGCUUUCAAUUCUAUACAUAUCCAAAAGCAAAAAACAUUUUCUUUUCUCCUUGGAGCAUAUCAUCUGCUCUGGCUCUAAUGUACCUGGGUGCAAAAGGCAAUACAGCAACAGAGAUGGCAGAGGUUCUUCAUUUCACUCAAGCAGCAGGAGCUGAAGGCUCUUCUUCUGUGGCCAGACCUUCUCGGGGAAGACCAAAGAGAAGAAAAAUGGAUCCUGAGCACAAGCAAGCUGAAAAUAUCCAUUCUGGCUUCAAAGAGCUCAUGACUGCCAUCAACAAACCCAAAAGCACCUACUCGCUGAGAACUGCCAACCGCAUUUACGUGGAAAAAACCUUCCCAUUGUUGCCCAUAUACCUACAGCUCAGUAAGAACUACUACAAAGCAGAGCCACACAAGGUUAACUUUAAGACAGCACCGGAACAAUCCAGAAAGGAAGUCAACGCUUGGGUUGAAAAACAAACUGAGGGUAAGCUGAGCUCAACCCCAACAUCUUUCCUCUCCUAUUAAGUCAGCCUGCUAUUU